AUGCCCCAGGGACUCGCCUGGCUGCGCUAUCUUGGGAUCCUCCUCGGCAUGGCCUUGGGAAAUGAGGGCUUGGAGCCGUGGCCCUUGACCCAGAGCGACGAGUGCGCCGUCACUGGCUUCCUGCGGGACAAGCUGCAGUACCGGAACCGCCUUCAGUACAUGAAACACUACUUCCCCAUCAACUACAGGGUCAGUGUGCCUUAUGAGGGGGUGCUCCGAACAGCCAACGUCACCAGGCUGCAGCGGGCCCGGGUGAGCCAGCAGGAGCUUCGGUAUCUGUGGGUCCUGGUGAGUCUCAGUGCUACUGAGUGGGUGCAGGAGGUGCUGCUCGAGGGCCACCCGUCCUGGAAGUACCUGGAGGAAGUGCACACGCUACUGCUGGACGUCAAGCAGGGCUUUCGGGGCGUGGAGGUCAGCCCCCAGGUGGAAGCAGUGUUGAACCUCCUGAGUGCGCCGGGAAGCCUGAAGCUGGUGCGGCCCAAAGCACUGCUGGACAACUGCUUCCGGGUCAUGGAGCUGCUCUACUGCCCUUGCUGUAAAGAAAGCUCUGUGCUAAACUGGCAGGACUGUGAGGCGCCUCAGCCUCAGCCUCGCAGCCCAGCCUCGGCAGAGUGCGAGGCCGCCCAGCUGUACCCUCUGCCCCAGCCGCCCUCCACCUCCCUGCCCCGCGUCCUGGGACCCUUGGCUGGCCCCCCUGAUCAGUGA